AUGUCUCUAUUCUCUCGCCACGGAGACCACAUGGACAUGAGCGACGGCUCGAGCUCCGGAUCCAUGGACGGCAUGGGCUCGGGCUCUACGAUGAUGGCCAUGGUGUUCCAGACCAACACGGCGACGCCUCUGUACGCCGACUCGUGGACUCCCAAGAGCGCGGGCGCCUACGCGGGAACGUGCAUCUUCCUCGUCGUGCUCGCCGUCGUCGGCCGCCUCCUGCUCGCCGCGAGGAGCGUCCAGGAAGCCCGCUGGCUCGACAAGGACAUGAAGCGCCGCUACGUGGCCGCCCACGGCAAGGCCUCGCUGUCUGACCGCGUCUCGAGCGACUCGCUUGCCAAGCCCAUGACGCUGACGGCCAACGGCGUCGAGGAGAGUGUCGUUGUCGUCGCCCGCUCCGGGUGUGAGACGAGGCCGUGGCGAUUUAGCGUCGAUCCCGUGCGCGCUGUCAUGGACACUGUCAUCGUUGGCGUUGGCUAUCUCCUGUAUGUUUGUUUCUUGACUUUUCAAAUAUUCUCGAUAUAUUCUGAGAAAUCCGAAUACCCUGAGAAGUCCCGAGAGCUAACAUCUGUCUUGUAUAGCAUGCUGGCAGUCAUGACCAUGAACGUUGGCUACUUCAUGUCCGUCCUCGCCGGCGUCUUUGUCGGCAGUCUUGCCGUCGGUCGCUAUAGCGCCGCAGGAGAGCAUUGA